AUGGGCAUCGCCAAUUAUGAAUCCUUUUCCAUCUAUUUCAUCAUUAUUCUGUCGUAUUAUUCUGCAUAUUUAUCUUUCUUUUUUUUAACACUAAAAUAUGAUGUCGAUCGACCGAAAAAUACUUUUUUUUUUGAUUUUGGAAAAAUUGUUUUAAUUUUUAAUUUCUUUUUUUUUGUCUUGCAGCGUAAAGGAACUACUGAUGGGAUCAGUUCAGCACCGUUUCAUUUAGGUUUUAUUUCGGGAAGUUUUUGGUUACAAUAUGGAAUUCUCAAAAAUGACAAGACUAUCAUCGCAGUCAACGUAGUCUCUUCAUUUUUAUAUGGUUUUUACAUUUUUUAUUACUAUUUGAAAUGCUAUCAAAAGUAUCAGCAGUCGCGAUUAAUUUUCAUCGAAAUAGUUUCCAUUGUUGCCAUCCAUUUAUACUUCACAAAUUCCGUUGAACCAAUCACUAACGCUGCAAAUAAUUUCGGAUUUAUUUGUAUGAUAUUCAAUAUGCGAGAUGUAUAUCGUUCAAGAAGUACAGCAAAUCUGCCAUUACCUUUGUGUUCCGCAAACUUUUUUGUUUCUUUAGAAUGGCUUUUUUAUGGGAUAAUUAUCGAUGAUUAUCAUAUAUGGUUAACGAAUGCAGUUAAUGUUUUAAUAUCAAUAGCGCAAUUGAUACCAUUUUUAUUAUAUUGUCAUGAAAUAAAUAUUAUUGCCAAUAAGGAUUUAUCAUUAUAA